AUCAUGUCGGAGAAGUACGAAGGGGACGUGCAAUUCGAGGAGACCGGCGAGGAGAAGCAGGACUCCCAGGAGAAGGAGGCCGUAACACCUGAAAAGGCCGAAGAGCAGAAGCUGAAGGCCAAAUACCCCAAUCUAGGGCAGAAACCUGGAGGCUCUGACUUUCUUAUGAAGAGGCUUCAGAAAGGGCAAAAGUACUUUGACUCGGGGGACUACAACAUGGCAAAGGCCAAGAUGAAGAACAAGCAGCUGCCCUGCGCCGGGCCGGAUAAAAACCUCGUCACUGGUGACCACAUCCCCACGCCACAGGACCUUCCACAGAGGAAAUCUUCACUAGUUACCAGCAAGCUAGCAGGGUAGCUGCUCUCUCCACCACAGGACAUGUCCGCAGUUCACUGUACCAUAGAGCUGAGAUGGCUGGACUCUGGCGUAGACGCGUCACCUUGUCAGCACUGGAAAGGCCGGUGCCUCAUUGUCCUGCAAUGCCACACUGGCCGUUCCUACGGUGACUGAGAAUAAAGCGAUUGUCGCUUUUAAGGCCUAAAAGAUGCCGCCUGACUAGAUAAUCGCAUUGGGUUAAAGGACAACGUGUGACGAGUUCUUGGUGCAGGAAAUAUGGCUGAAACAAAUACCGGACUGCUUGUUAUAUAGUGUAAGAUAUAUCUACGUUUUGCAUUCCUUUUUGUGUGUGUGUGACACAGGCAUGCCAGAGACUUGUCACAUUGGCAACACCAUACUUCCCGGGACAUAUACAUUGGCCGAUCACAUUGGGGAAAUACGUCGUCUGAGGCGAGGCCUGCGGCUCCGAAGCAUUGCUUGGAUGAAAGGGACACUUGCUAUUGUGUAAAGAUAAUCAUUGUCAAAACCUCCACCGUGUCUGUGAGUUACUCGAGAUGCCAGCGGACGUGACUGAACCCUGUACUUUUGGCUUUGUCUAUCUCUCUGUGCACAUGGUACGUUGUGAUAAGCCUGUAUCUCGGCCCUGGUUUAGAAGGCCACCGUUAUUUACUGAGUAAAACCCACAUGUUCACAGUUUUAACAACAUAACCUUCCACGGUCGUGAAUAUUCUUGUUGUAUGUGCCCAGAUAACGGGGAGCAGGAAACCGGCACAUUGUCACAGUGCUGCAGCUGUGGUGUAGGCUGUAUCUCGCGAAAUAGGGAAUCCACAGAACCGAUUAAGACUUAUUUUACUCUUGUUUCUUUUAGUUCAGUAUUUUCCAACCCGGGGUGCCUCCAGCUGUUGCAAAACUACAGCU